AUGAAUAAACCAGAAUUGUAUCACAAAUCUCAUAGUUCGGUGAAAAAAGAUGCUGGACAAUUGUUAAGAAAAUUUGCCUCGAAGUUGCAAUGGCGUCCGGACGGCGGUGAUAGUGUCUUAGAAAUUGGUUGUGGACCGGGAGAUGUUUCUAUGGAUUACGUCUAUCCCUUAAUGCCUGAAAAUAUCGAAAAAUUGAUAUUCAGUGACAUAUCAUCAAAAAUGUUGGAUUUCUUUAAAAAUAAUUAUGAAAUUCCAAAAAAGUGCCAUUUGCGGAUUAUUAAUAUUGCCAAGGAAAAUUCAUUACCCCCAGAUAUGUUGGGUCAAUUUGAUCAUAAUAUUUUCAAGCUUUUGCGUUCGGAGGGCGGUGAUUGCAUUUUAACAUUCUUUGGUUACAACAACAUAUUCGAGGCCAAUCACAUAAUUAGUUCCAGUCCAAAAUGGUCUGCAUAUAUCACAAAUGUAAAUCGUUUUGUAUCACCUUUACACAAUUGCUCAAAUCCCAAAGAGACUUUUUGUAAAAUGAUGGAAGAUUCGGGAUUUUGUAAUAUUAGCAUUGAGGUGAAGGAGGGAAUUUAUUAUUAUGAUAAUUUUGAAAAUUUUAAAGAAAAUAUAAUCCCCGUUUGUGGUAUUUUCGAUUUUAUACCCAAAUCAUGUCAUGACGAAUUCUUGGAAGAUUAUUUCACGGUAAUGGCAGAAACUACUGCGAAAAAACGAGGUUUGUCUUUGAGGGAUUCAAUGUAUGCUGUAGCUUCAGAUAUGUUUGUGGUAUAUUCUCAAAAAAGGAAUCAUGACCAAACAACGAAAUAA